UUCAAAAACUUACGAUUUAUUACAUUAAAUUUUAAAAAUAAUUUAUAAAAAAUUAGUUUUUAGAGACAAUACUUCCCUUACUUUUAUAAUUGCAGACAUUUAUAAAACUUGUGUUUAUAAUAAUUGAUGGCCCGACAAUUAUUGACGUAUUGAAAAUAAAAAGUUUUAAAAUGUCAUCAUCAAAUAAUGACAAAUUUUCCUCUAAUAAUGAAAAUAUGUUAACAUUAGUUGAAAACAAUGGAUUAAAUUUAAAUAUUGAACCAAACACUCAAUAUGGAAAUAAAGGUGUAGCAUGUAUAAAAAAAGAAUUUAUUGUUGAAGACCAUAUACCAAAAUUAGCAAUCAAUUGUAUUUCCGAAAAAGAUAAAGGUCAGAUAACUGAUAUUGAACCUCCCUCCAAAAAGCAAAAAUGCAGUAAAAGUGUUUUAAAAGGUCAAAAUAAAUCUAGAAACUGUACAUAUUUUCAAGAUGCUAACAGUCAUUUAUGUCCUGCACUAGUAGAAGGUUUUGAUAAAGGAUCAUGUUUAAAUGACAAAUGUAAAUUUUUACACAAUAUUACACAGUACUUGCAAAAUAAACCUCAAGACAUUGAUAGCACAUGCUAUGUUUAUACUUUAAAAGGGUACUGCUCACGAGGUCUUACAUGUCGAUUUGGUCAAAAUCAUAUUAAAAAUGAUUAUAAUUACAUUGAUCAAAUUAAAUAUGACAAUUGGUUACUAAAUGAAAAAAAACAUAACAUGCAUGGAAAAGAAAUUGUAUUACAGUUACGAAAAAAAACGUAUGACUUUACUAAAAGUAAUGAAGCUGUUAAAAAAAUUGAUAAUGAUAAAAAUAUUGGACCCCUUAUAGAAGAAAACAGAGUUAUUGACUGGACGAAUAAAUUGUAUUUAGCUCCUUUAACUACCGUUGGAAAUUUACCAUUCCGCAGAAUUUGUAAAGAAUUUGGAGCUGAUGUUACCUGCAGUGAAAUGGUUCUCUCUUCUAGUUUAUUACAAGGUCACAAUCAAGAGUGGGCUCUCACUAAAAGACAUGAAUCUGAAGAUUUAUUUGGCAUUCAAAUUUGUGGAAAUAAUCCUUAUAUUUUAACAAAAAGUGCUCAAGUUCUUCAAGAAACUGUUGAUAUGGAUUUUAUAGACUUAAAUCUUGGUUGUCCAUUAGAUCAAAUAAAUCGUCAGGGCGCUGGUAGUGCUUUGCUGUUAAGAAGCAAAAAAUUGGAAGUCUGCUUAAAAAGCAUGAGAACAGUUCUCAACGUACCACUAACUGUUAAAACUCGUUCAGGUGUGAACAAAGAUCAAAAUAUUACACAUGAUUUAAUUCCAAUGUUCAAAUCCAGUGGAGUUUCAUUAAUAACAGUUCAUGGUAGAUCAAGAGAUCAAAGAUAUACAAAAAUGGCUGAUUGGAAUUAUGUUAAUACAUGUGCUAAGUUAGCAGAUCCCAUUCCAGUUUUUAGCAGUGGAGAUAUAAUGUCUUAUGAAGAUUAUGAAAAAUCCAAAGUAGAAUACCCUGAUAUUUCAGGUGUUAUGAUUGGUAGAGGAGCUUUAAUUAAACCAUGGAUUUUUCAAGAAAUUAAAGAAAAACGUCAUUGGGAUAUAAGUAGUUGUGAACGAUUUGAAAUAUUAAAAAGAUUUGUAAACUAUGGUCUAGAACACUGGGGAAGUGAUACAAGAGGUGUGGAAACAACAAGAAGGUUUUUAUUAGAAUGGCUUUCAUUUUGCCAUAGAUAUAUUCCUGUGGGUAUAUUAGAACGAGUGCCACAAAAAGUAAAUGAAAGACCACCCAAUUAUAAAGGAAGAAAUGAUUUAGAGACACUUAUGGCAAGUGGUAAUUGUGCUGAUUGGAUAGAAAUUAGUAAAAUGUUAUUAGGCCCAGUUCCUGAUGGUUUUCAAUUUUUACCAAAACACAAAGCAAAUUCUUGGAAAUAGCCAUAUUACUUAAAUAAUCUGAGCAUGUGAAUGUUGACAUGUGGUUAUUUAGUGAUUAUGAGUGUUCUUUCAUCUUUAAAUGUUAUUACUUUUGUUCUGCAUUUAUUCUUGUUUAAGUAUAUAUAAAUAUUAUUGUAAACUACUCUUUUAAUAAGUAAAAUAGAAUUAUAUUUCUUAUG